AUGGUGGCAGCCGUGCCUCGCAGAAACCUCAUCGUGGUCAGGGCAACCGCCAAACCCGCUGAGCACCACGAGCUAGCAGCCAAGCCCGACGGUGCUUAUGCCGGUGGGCGGCGCCAAGCCCUGAUGUUGUUAGCCGCUGGCGCUGCCUCAACAGCCGUCGUGAGCCGAUCCGCGAGAGCUGAUGAGCCUACAAAAAUGCUCGGAGGGUGGGUGGAAAUAAAAGACGUCAUGAACCCAUCUGUCCAGGACAUGGGAAGAUGGGCUGUUGCUGAGCACAACGCAAAGACAGGGGAGAAGUUGCAGUUCCGUAAGGUCGUUAGAGGCCAGCAGCAAGUCGUCGCGGGCAUGAAUUACAUGCUCGAUAUCGAAACAAAGGAACCGUCACGGUUCUACGAAGCAUUUGUGUUUGAUCCACUGCCCAGCUCGCCCGAGAAGCGUCAGCUCAAGGACUUCAAGCCCUUGCUUGGAUGA